GUAGACCUCUUUAUACAGUCUAAACGAACUCCUAGCUUAUUCCUAGCUGCUCUCUCGACCAAUGGCAGACCCAAAGCCCCUUAAAGGAAAGGUUAUACUCGUCACGGGGGCGGCCCAAGGGAUCGGGGCAGUUAUAAGUGACUACAUUGCGGCGCGUGGUGCAACAUUGUCUUUGGCAGAUUUGCAGAUAGACAAGCUCAACACCUCGGCGCAACGUAUCUCUGAGGCUUACCCCGAUAUUCAAGUGUCGACAUGGGCUGUGAAUGUCACCGACCCGAAGUCCGUUGAGGAAUGGGUCGUUGCGUCGAAGGAGAAAUUCGGGAGGAUUGACGGGUGUGUUAAUAAUGCUGGAAUCCUUGGUGACGGGAAACAGAUAACGGAGAUGAGUUAUGAGAACUGGUCUCGAGUCAUUGACGUCAACUUAACUGGCGUGUUCAACUGUCUCAAGUUCGAACUACGCGCUAUCGCAGAUGGCGGUAGCAUUGUGAACAUGUCUAGCGUUAGCGGCAUACGCGGGUUUCCUAUCCUGCCGGCCUACGUGGCUUCUAAGCAUGGGGUCAUUGGUUUGAGUAGAGUAGCCGCUGCCGAGCACGCACACCGUAAUGUCCGAGUUAAUGCUGUGUGCCCGGGCUUGGUGGACGGGGGCAUGCAGGACGAGUUACGCAAGGCUAAACCUGAUAUCAACUUCGCUGAAUACGGAGCGCUAUUAAAAGACUACUUACCAAUGAGUGAGGUGGCUGCGAUGGUUGGGUACCUCUUAGGUAAUGAGAGCAAAUUCAUCACUCGGGCGAUUCUUCCGGUUGAUGGCGGGAUGAGUGCGUGAUUUUGUAAGUCAAACCUGACAACACCAUCUCUUAUUUGAGUCUCUUGUAAUUCGGAGGGGAUGUUCUGUUUGUGCCGUUUGGAUGAAAUCUUUUGGCACCAGUCUCAUUAUUGUGGAAGGUCUUAACACACGCAAUGUAGGACUAUUAUCUAGCUUGGGCUAGGAUUUAGGGACGUUAAUUUUGCCCUACG